AUGGAUCGUUCAACUUUCAGCCCUGCUGAUAUCGUGGAGGAGCUUUGGACCAAUCUCGGGCUGCCGAAGCAUGCCACUUCGGCUAUCAGACUCGAGACCACGCCCGGCCCAGCCGUCCCCUCCUCGUUCAAGGUUGGCCACAUCGCGCAGAGUUCGAUCGCGCUAUCGGCUUCAACAGCCGCUCUCCUUCACUCGCACCGCAAUGGCGUCGCCGCCCUGCCGCGGGUCGAGGUGCCGCUCCACCACGCCCUCGCUGAGUUCAGGUCGGAAAGGCUCUACGAGAUCGAGGGCGAGACCCCGCAGUCCGCCUGGGGUGACGUGGGAGGCCUCCACAAAACUCUGGACGGCCAUGUCCGCAUCCACGACGGCUUCCCACAUCACCGCCUCGGCGCCCUACAGCUCCUGGGUCUACCCCCGGACGCUACCCGCGACGACGUCGCUUCGAAGACGAAGCUUUGGCUGAGUGUCGACCUGGAGACGACCGCCAUCGAGCACGGCCUGGCAAUCUAUGCUCUGCGCACGCACGAGGAGUGGGAUAGGCACCCUCAGUCGGUCUGCGUCGCAGACCAGCCCAUCCUGCUGAGAAAGCUCGCGGACGGGCCCAAAGGUUUCCCCGACCACAUGGCCAAAGGCGCAGACCGUUGUCUCAGGGGCCUCAGGGUGGUAGAGCUGAGCCGCGUGAUAGCUGCGCCCGUGGCAGGCAAGACGCUCGCAGCGCAUGGGGCAGACGUUCUCUGGGUCACGUCGCCGAGCCUCCCGGACCAGCCCCGCGUCGAUCGAGAGUUCGGCCGCGGAAAGCGCACCAUCCGGCUCGACAUCGACAAGCCUCCGGAUAAAGCCAAACUCCUCGAGCUUCUCCGCACCGCAGACGUCUUCAUCCAGGGGUACCGACCCGGCAGUCUCGCGGCGCGCGGCCUGUCCCCGACAGAGCUGGCCGCGGCGAACCCGAGGCUGGUCAUUGCGAAUCUCUCGGCGUUCGGCCCCGACGGCCCCUGGUCUGGUCGCCGCGGAUUCGACUCCCUGGUCCAGACGUGCAGCGGGAUGAACGUGUCGGAAGCGCGGCAUCAUGGAGCCGGAGAGCCCGCGAUGCCUAUGCCCUGCCAGGCCCUCGACCACGGUGCCGGCUUCCUUCUUGCGUCUGGGAUAUCUGCCGCCCUGUAUAAACGCGCAACAGAGGGUGGCUCUUGGGUCGUGGACGUCUCGCUCGCGGGGGUGAUGAAAUACUUGAGAAGUCUUGGCCAGUACCCAGGCAAAACAGGUUUCGAGGUCUCGACUGCCGAAAGAAGCUUCCAGGUUGAGGAUCUGUUUGAAAAGCGCAUGACGGGCUUUGGCCUAAUGAAGUACGUAAAGCAUUCGGCAGUGAUUAAGGGCCUUGAGCCUGGUUGGGAUGUUAUGCCGAAACCGCUGGGAAGCGACGAGCCUCGAUGGCUCGCCUAG